AUGCAUCGAGGCGUGACCAUAUAUGAAAUAUCUGGUGGAUAUAUUGAACGUUUUUUAAUAUUUUGCUAUGAUAAUCCACAGAGAAAUGCUCCAGAAAAUGAAACAAAGGAACAGGAAGAAAAGCGAUAUACGGAACGUUUAGAAAAUAUUAAAGAACAAAAACAAAAAACAAAAUGUGCAAGUUUAGAUCAUUUAUAUUUAGUUCGUCAUUUAAUUAGUUUUAAAAUUUAUAAGUUAGCAGAUGAUGCUUAUAUUUAUCUGCAGCCUAUUCUUGAUAAAUUAUCAAAAAACGUUCAAUUUAAUGGAUUGACCGGGGACGUGAAAAACUUCACAAAACUACAGCAAUCGAUAAUGAGACGUGGUGCCGAGACAAAAACGUUUGGUUUGUUGGACAAUGAUUUUUAUGAACAAGCAAAAUCAUUAGUUGAAGAACAUCAUGGCUGUCCAAUAUUAGUUGAACGAUCAUUAAAUGAUGCUGGAACACCGAAAAACGAUUUGUUAUCAACAAUAUCAAGAGAAGCUUGUAAAAUAGGCGCGAACUUUUAUUUGCGAAUUUUAUUACCUCAAUUAUCGUACUUAUUUGAUUGCAAACCUAUCAACCUAAUUCCACAUAAUGAUUUAUGUCUUUUAUCUACAAACGCUGUCGUCGUUACAUCGAGCGAUAUUCACCAAGUGUUAAAUUUAAAACUAAAAUUCUUUCACAAAACAGAAUUGUAUGGAAAUGGCAAUCCAUUUGAAAAGUUAAAAUCUUGUGAAAUUGAUGCUGUUUUAGCAAAAAUGGUUCUGAAUAAGUUACUAAUACGGGGUGAUAAACAUGAAGCAUUUUUUUUUAAUGCAUAUCAAAACAAACCAUUUAUUACGUUUGUGAAAGUGAUACCACCUGUUGCUGAACGUCUAGAUUUGGAAAAUAAAUUAACAUCACAUAAUGUUUCCUAUGUUGAAUACGUACAAAACUAUGAAAAUUCCAAAUAUGUACCAUCAAGUGACACAUUCUUAACAGAACGUGGAGUUAGAUUACUUCAUGCAGAACAUUAUUCGGAAAUAGUUGAUUCGGAAAUUUUUAUUCUGCAAAACGAAAAAGAUAUAAAAGAUAAGAUAUGA